AUGACGAACAGCGGCGUAAAAAUCUCCGCUGCUAGGAACAUAUUCAUUGUUCACCCUAAUGCUAGUGAUAAAUACAUUAGUAUGCUAAAGAUGGUCACUGGGUAUGCUGGCUCAAAUACCAGCACAGUUUUAAAGAUUGCGUUUAACCCACAGCUUACCAAGAAUGUACUCGGCAAAUCCAAUAAUAUCGUGUUAAGAAUUGCCGAUGUUGACUAA